GCACCGUAUUCUGCAUUCACAAUUAAUGUACCACCUCUUUUAUGUACGACUUCAUAGUAUUUUUUAUUCGUUUUCAACACUCCGCAACAUUUAUGCAACUAUCCUUACAUAACCCCCGCCAAUACGCACAACACUCCCCCCACAGUCCCCAAAAAACCCUCUUCAUCUUCUCCGAGCCCCCAAAAACCCUUUUCAAAUCCACCCAAAAUGCAUCUCGACAAGGGCUCUGAGGUUGAGGUGACAAGCGACGACGACGGGUUCAGAGGGGUUUGGUAUGUGGGUAAAAUAGUGCAGCCCCCGAGGAAAUCGGACGAUGGUUUUGUUGAGGUUGAGUAUAAUGAGUUGGUUUCCGAGGAGGAUGAGUCUAAGAAGCUGUGUGAGAGAGUGCAUGUUUCACUGGUUAGGCCAUUGCCUCCGGUUAAGAUUGGUGAAGAUGAUGUUUUUGAGGUGGAUGAUGUUGUUGAUGUGUUUCAUAAUGAUGGGUGGUGGGUUGGUGUGGUUGAAGAGGUUGUGGGGGAAGAUGAGUUUAAGGUCUUGUUUGAUGAUCCUCCUGAUAGGUUGAGUGUCAAGAGGCAGGAUGUGAGGCUUCAUCUUGAUUGGGUUGAGGGUAAAUGGGAAAAGCCACAGAAAAAGAACAGCAAGAACAAGAAAGAGAAUUCCAGUAGACUUGCUAUGCUCUCUAAUCACCCUGGGAAUGCUAAGAGACAGAAUGGAAGUGGUAAAAAACAGCAGCCGGGAAAAAGUGGUGCUUCCACCGAGAAGGAUACCUGCGUAACUGAUGAAACUAUCAAUAAAGAAUGUAAUGCAGAAGAAGUUGAUAUGUCGGUUAAAGCACUAAAAGGCGUGCCCACAAAGAAUUGUGAGACCCCUCCCAAGAAAGAGAAAAAAAAAUUUAUGGAUCAGGAUUCCAGUAGACCUGCUAUGCUCUCAGAUCACUUUAGAUAUGCUAGAAGACAAAAAACAGCUAAGAAACAGGCAGGAAAAAGUUGUACUUCUACCGAGAAGAAGGAUACCAGCUUGAAUACUGAAAUUUUAGAGACAGAUCAUAAUGCAGAAAAUGUUAAAGAAGUAAAUGGUGUCUCUGCAAAAAAUUGUGAGACCCCUCCAAAGAAAGACCAGAAGAACAAAAGCAUGGAUCAGGAACUGCAUACUGUUGAUAGCACUAAUGGAUCAACUCAAGGGGAUGUCAGUUCGAAGAGAAAAAGAGGGAAACAAAUAGGCAAAGGAAGCAUGGGAGGUAUAAGAUCAUUGCGGAAAAGGAUCAUGGAAGAAUCAUGUGUAAAUGAUGAAGCUGAAAUGAAUGCAGUUGGCGACUGUCAAACGCAGACAGAACUUAAAGAUAAAUCCAACGGAAAUCAUUUUCAGCCCUCUUGCAAUGACAGUAUGAAGGCUACAGCUGAUAAGAAGAAUACAAGUGGCAUUCAUAGGCACAGUGACUCUCUCAGCGAAACAACAAUUGUUCCAUUUCCUGAAGACCAGGCUAAUAAAACAAUUCCAAGUAAAAGAGUCAAGCGGCCCAAGAAUAAACUGCCAACUGAGAAUGAAGGGAUGUGCAAAUUGGUGGAGAAAUGCCAGAAUGCAUCACAAGGAAAUAUUUCUUUGCCUGAAAUUAAUCAUGUGAAAGAUGUUGAUAUGCUGAUGGAUAGAAAUCACGGUGAUGUAAGUGGUGAUCAAGUGAGCAACACUACAUUGCAGGUAGACAAACCAUCUCCAACAGGUUCAGAUGCUUCAAAAACCUUGCCUAGUCAAAGCCAAUGUGUUAAUGCAAAUAGCAAGCUAGAUGAUUUUGGAACUACUCCAGUUGCCACACAUGAUAAAGCAGAUAACACAGAUGGUCCAACACUGUCAUCAGUUCCAGGAGAUUCAACCUUAAAAAAUUUCAAGCAAGCUGAUAAAAAUAGUGAACUUGCAACUUCUGCCACUGUAAGCAUUGAUAAUAUGGAGAACUGUGAGAAUUUACCAUUUAUCAAGUGUUCACCACUUUGGAAAACUAUCGAGUCUAUGGAAAUAUAUAAGAAGAUUCAACAGAAGCCACACUUUUCUCCUCUGAUAAAAAGGCCAGAAGAAACUCGUGAAGGAUUGGCUAUUGCUCAUAUGGUAAAUUUUUCCAAUCUAGUAGAGAGAAUCACAAAGCUGCAGUUCUCUGAUCCUAUUACUGUCAUUGAAAGUAUUGUGGGAGCUCUUGAUGAGUUGGAAUCUAAUGGGUUUGAUGUCGAGUUCAUUCGAGCUUGUUUGACCCAGUUAUUGUCGAAGAAGCAAACUGGAGAGGAGCUUCACAAGGAGUGUCGAGAUAUUGAAAAUGAGAUAUCAGAUACUCUUAAUGAGAAAGAAAAAGUUGAUGAAGAAAUCACCCAGUUGAACCAGCGAAUGAAUGAACUUGCAGCAAAGCUUGGAGAUGCUGUAACCAGGAAGGAGAUGAAGGAAAGGGUGAUCUCGACAUUGAAAUCAAAGCUGGCAAGUAAAGAUGUUCAGGGCCUGCAGCUUGAAUUUCAAAAUAUAGUUAGUUCCUUUCUUUAAGGGCUUAUUUAUAGGUGAUCCCAGUAGAUCCUUGGCAAUUCAUUAUCUAGUGGUGGUUGCCUAUUUUCCACUUGAAUGAAAAUGAAGAAUAGCUGUGUUAUUUAGUAGAGGAAGGCACUUUAUUAGUUUUAGAACUCAUGGGAUCUAUAAAUGAUAAGAUAUCUAUUACCUUA